AUGAGUGUCCUGACUCAGAGCCUAAAAGAUAGCAGAGUUGGCACCAUGUGUUUGACUCUGGGUAGACUAAGGUACAGCCUGCAGCUUGGGUGCCACCACAGAAAAGGCUACCUGCAAAUUGCCAGCUGUGGAACUUCAGGUAGGGUCUCAGAAGAAGAUUUAAAGCAGGGAUUGUUCACUUUCUGGGGUCAGUGGGCACAUUUGGAAUUUUAAGAAAGUACCAAGGCACCAGUUACAAAAUGGCUGCUACAAGGGCACAAAAUGGCUACCACGGGGGUGUUGCAUAACACAAAAUGACUGCCACAUGUAUAAGAGGCAGGACCUCAAAAUGUUGUGUUCAAUCCUGGCAUCCAAUGAAAUGUUGGUAUGUUUAAGGCGGCAUGUUCCAUUCAGGAGAGGCUGAGCUAGUAUAAACAGGAAUGGAGUGGGAAGAGCAAACAGUCUCUCAUGCACUGUGGAAUUUUGAGGGGAUAUUUUCUGAGAGCUUUCAUGGGUGGCCCAGAAGGUACUGGUGAGACGCGUUGCCGAUACCCAAUUUAAAGGUUUAUAUGGAACUUGGCUGUUCUUCAGAUGGAAGCAGACUUUGGACUCUGCUUCCACUAUUGGCUGGCUGUGCCAGACAGGCCUAAGCUGUCAAGCGAAAUGUGUUAACUUGCCUUCUUUCCAUGAUGAUGCUCAAUGUCUGUUUCACCUUGGCUUAUAUUAUUUUUAAAAUGAGAGAGGCUGAAAUUGAAUCAAUGCUUUAUCUACUCCUCUGCGUUAUGAAAAGCGAUUCCCAUUCUCCUUAAGUGAAAAUUGAAAUAGCCGUAAGCAGAGCAACCGCCAGGAAGGCAAGAUUUUUGAUAAAAGACAAAUUUGCUGGUGAGUUUCCUUAAAGUGGGAGAGCUCAUGCUCUUAAUCCACAGAGAUAGAAAUAUUACCACAAAUUCUCUCUGAAAGGUUUGCUCAGCAGGAAAAAAAAUAACACACAACACCCCAUUCCUAUUUACCCAUUCAUCAUAGCAUAAUAUAUUUCAGAAAGCACCAAGAAAAUACACUCAAGUCAGCUUGAAUGACUUAUAUCCUGGAAUACAGUUGUAUAUAGAUGUGCGCACAUAUGCAUCUAGAUUUGCAAUCUACCUCAUCUCAGUGGCUCAUGUUUAAAACACAAAAUAAAAGACUGCAAAUGGACAAAUGAAGUCAUUCCUUAUUAUCCUGCUCAACAGCUAAUUUUGCCAGAGUGCCAUGUGGAGAAAAUGACUGCAGGGCUUACAAUCAGCAGCAGUGGGAGGCCUAGCACCCAUUUAAUCCAGAGUCCAGCAUAGGCAGCAAAUAGGGCCCCAUCUGAGCUAUGUCCAAACACCAGCAACAAAUACCCUCCGCCGUCCAUGUGGAAUGAUGUGGUAUUGUGAUGAGCAUCCGGAAAGGAGGGGGGAAAACAAACAGAAGAGGCGACUGCAUUGGUCACCAAGGCAAGGGAGAAACGUAGACCCUCCAAGUGUCCCUCUUUUCCAGGGACAGUCCCAGAUUUACAGAAUCCGUCCUGGCUUCUGAUUUAAUCCUGGAAUGUCCCACUUUUCCUUAGGAUGUCCCUCUUCUCAUCAGAGAAAUGUCGAAGGGUAUGGUAGGACUCCCCUAUUUUCAUUGGAUAAAUGUUGGAGGAGAUGGAGUUAUGCGACCCACCAAGCCAAGGGGCUAAGUAACUAUACAAUAAGGAACUUCAGAAGACAUCUGAAGGAAGACCUGUAUAGGAAAGGUUUUAAUGUUUAAUGUUUCAUAAUGUUUAUAAUAUAUGUUGGAAGCCACCCAGAGUGGCUGGGGCAACCCAGUCAGAUGGGUGGGGCAUAAUAAUAGUAUAAUAAUAAUAAUAAUAAUAAUAAUAAUAAUAAUAAUUUAUUUAUACCCCCCGUCCAUCUGGUGGCUGGGUUUCCCCAGCCACUCUGGGCGGCUUCCAACAGAAUAUUAAAAUACAGUAGUCCAUCAAACAUUAAAUGCUUCCCUAAUAACAAUAAUAAGACAUUCCUAUUUCCAUUGGAGAAAUGCUGGAGGGUAUGGACAGGUUCUCUAGGAACUGCCAUUUUUUUAUUUGCGCCUGACUAGCACUUUCUUACUUUCUUUUUCACAACACAGAUGGAGGAGGUUUUUUUUGUGACUUGGGAAGGACCAUAGUUCAGUGAUAUAACACCUGCUUUGCAAGCAGAAGGUGCCAGUUUCAAUCCCUGGUACCUCCAGGAAGGGAUGGGAGAGACCCCCUAACUGAAACACAGAUAAAAGGUGGUACUUCAUGCAGCCCAAAUUUAAACUAUGGGAACUUGUUCCUACCAGAGACAGCAAUGGCCACCAACUUAGAUGGCUUUAAAAGAGGAUUGGAAAGGUUCAUGGAGAACAAAGCUGGGUAAAGGAUAAAGAGAUACAUUUGAUCAAACAAACUGAGGAAAAACUCCAUCAGAACUGCACAGCCAAUGAAAGCAUGUGUUCCUCACACCUGACUGAUUGCUAGGCAACAACUCCACCCAGGCCACCAUUGGCUAGCUGACUUUAACACUAAGAGAAAUCACCCUCCAGUUGCACUUCCAACAAUAAGAGCAACCUUAUUCUACCAGAGGCUACAGAUGGGGACCAAAGGGAACUUCUGCAAGAAUAAAUCCCUAUUACAAUUCAGUGCAGUUGUAUCAUUUCCUUAAUGUAAUCCCUGACCUUUCAUAUCCAUUACAACACUGCAAGGGAACCAGCAACUAGCAGAAGCAUGUGGAAAACAUUAUGGCACUACGUGUGCCCGUGAGCAAGAGUAGGCACACACACCCCCACAGAGUAUUUGAUUUGCCAGUCAUUGCUACAACAUCCACAUGCAUUUUCCAUCACUGCUGCAAAAACUCCACAUGCAUUUCCCAGCACAGCAUAACGUUUUCCACAAGUGUCACCCCAAAUAAUAUCUGUGUUGUAAAAGAAGACAUUACAAUGAAGUAGGCUCUGGUGGCUCUAUAGCUUUUGCUGCCCUGGGCAAGUUGGGGCAGCAGGAUAAAGUUUGAUGACACUCAAAGCAGUUGAACUCAAAUGCUUGGGAGCUGGGGGGGGGGGGACUCAAGGUUUUUUUUGACACUUCCGUUUGAACUCUCAAAGAGCUCCUUUCCUUUUCAUCCCCCAAGCCUCCUUGUGUCCUCUGCUUCUGUCUGUGUGACAACCACCUUGUUCCUCAAAACAAUAGAAGUGCAGUACUCUGGUGGCAAGGGAUAUGGGAGUAGGACAGGAUUAAAAAUGGACUUGCACAAAGCGCAAAAAGUAUACAUUUCUUAUACAUGUCAGGAAGUGGCCAGAAGGCUUCUCCUGAACAGCGAAAGGUGCUCUCAUUGUAUAUAUUUUUCCCUCCAGGUUAUGGGACUUGCAGUCGAUUCCCCUAAGCCAGUGAGAGAUGACUCAUGAAAUGACCCCUGAUCUCAAGACCGAGGCAGGUUGGCAUUGGCAGAGAGGUUAUCUCGGCUACCUCGAUCCCAAGUCACUCAAGGCUGUACAUCAACAUGAGCACCUUAAACUGGACCUGCGAAUGCACUGGCAGCCAUUGCAGAUUCCCACCCCCAAACAGAUUAUAUGACUAUGUGCUACAGUACCAGUUUGGUGGGACGGGGGUGGCGCUGUGGGUUAAACCACAGAGCCUAGGACUUGCCGAUCAGAAAGUCGACGGUUUGAAUCCCUGCGACGGGUGAGCUCCCGUUACUCAGUCCCUGCUGCUGCCAACCUUGCAGUUCGAAAGCACACCAAAAAGUGCAAGUAGACAAAUAGGUACCGCUCUGGUGGGAAGGUAAAUGGCAUUUCCGUGCGCUGCUCUGGUUCUCCAGAAGUGGCUUAGUCAUGCUGGCCACAUGACCCGGAAGCUGUGCGCCGGCUCCCUUGGCCAAUAAAGUGAGAUGAGAGCUGCAAUCCCAGAGUCGGCCAUGACUGGACCUAAUGGUCAGGGGUUCCUUUACCUUUACCUACCAGUUUGGCAGCAGCAAUCUGCACUAGCUGCAGUUUCUACACUUCAAGGGAAGCUCUAUGUAGAGUGCAUUAUAGUAGCUGAGUCAGGAGCAUGCAAAAUUAUGGCCAGGCUAGCCUGGUCCAACCCAGAGCUGGAAAAAGUUGCUCCUAGCUACCAAAGUGGCCCAGGCUUUAAUGACAAAGAUGUCUCAAGGAGCAAUUCUGGGUGGAGUGCAACAGAUUCAAAUUAUCUGAUGCAAAUAAGCCCUUUCAGAGGGCACUUUUCAAGUGAGAAAGGGACCACUGGGUAUUCCUUACAUGCAGUAAAGAAAUCACAGGUUUCCUUUUAUUUGUUUGUGUCCAACAGUGCAUGUGGUUUUCAUGCAUUAAUACCAAACGUGGGAUAUCAGGUCAGGCCUGGACUGGAAUUGCUCAUGAAUCGAAGUCAAAGCAAACUGCACUUUCCUCUCACGCUCUACCUCUUACUUUCGAUUUUUGCUUCUGUUCCCCCCAUCCUUGCAGGGGAAAUCUCUAAGCCCAGAUUGCUUGUGGAAAGCACUUAGGGGAAGAGUAACAGCUUGUUCGGAAAACUUCACAACAGAUCCUCUGGGAAGGGAACCUGUGCAAUGUUAAAAGAAGGCAAGGUUGUUUGUGCCGGGUUAGUCUGCAGCCGAGACAAGCAAGAUCGAUAUAGCUUUGAAACUGAUGUAGGUUGCAAUGGGACACCGGGUCUCCACUGGUGGGUUGGGAAUGAUGUAUCUAACAACACAACAGCUGCAGAGGCACAAAAUAAAUAAUAAUAAGAAAAGGCAGCGUACAUUAGUUCUGUGGAUCGAAGAUUCCCUAGGAAGGGAUGCUUCUUCCUUUGCUUCAAAGGCCACAGUAGGACAGACCUUUGGGUUUUUUAAUGCCUACAGAAUGAAAAGGAAUGAGGAAUGAGACCACCAGAAGAAAUUCAUAUUCAGCUUCCGAUUUUGGCAAUAGGGAAGGAGGAUGGAAGUUCUCUCUUUCGCUCUCAAGCAGAACCAAACUACUUAGCAUAAAUUAGUUCUCAAGAGAGGUCCUUGGGUAUUUAAUCCAGUCAAGUUCUGGACACAAAUGAAGCCAAAUGAAGCAUCUCUAAGUCCCAUGGAUCUAAAAAGGACUUGAAUAGCCACAUGUAAAAAAAUUAAAAACAAAUCCUCGUGAAAAUUCGCCAGUAGUUUGGUGCAAAUUUAUCCUAAUAAACACAUUUGUGCAUUUUGACUAACAUACACAUUUUUUCAAGCAAUUGCCAAUAAUGAAAUGCAUUUUGUAUGGUUUUUUUUAUAAAAAUAAAAAAUUGUAAAUUUUAUGCACACUUCCUUACAAUAUACACAUUUUUUCGUGCAUAUUGUUUUGUUGGAGAACUGCAUCGUAAAACUCAGAAAACUGAAUUUUAAGGGACCACUUUGUUUCAAUUCACGCAUUGGUUUUGAAAUAUGUGAAUUAAGCAGUUUCUCAUUUUAAAGUCAAAGAGAAUGGAAUUUCUCAUUCAUCUGAUGCAAAGGACCGGAUCUCACCUUGCUUCCUCCCAUCAUAAUGCAAAAUGGGUCGAGCCUUGCAUCUGAUCAAAGCUUUCACUGCUAUUGGACAGCCAGUCAUUAGUCUUUUGAAUGGAAUGCAGUCCCUUAUUUCUCUUUCCAUACUUAAAUGGCAAAACUUGCCUUUUCGAAAGGAAGUGGCAAAGUGUCUUGAAAUAGACAACAGUUAGCUAGUUCUUUACUUUCUUUUCUUUUAGUAUUCUGCCUCUUUUUAUAAGAAUUUUAAGACUUUGGUAGAAGGUUUAUUUUAUGUCUCUUAUUUUGUCUUCUUUUACUCUAGGCGGGCGUUAGCUUUUAUCUGCCUCCUAUAUCCCUUUUCAUUCCCCUGGAAAACAAACAAACAAAGAACAGCAAUUGCCUGGGUCUGACCUUUGUGCACAUUCCAAGGUGUUCCAGAUGGGGUGUGGGGAGGGGUUUGAUUGACAGGCCUCAGGAGGCACCCAACUUAAGGCGCGAGUCCCUCCUGUAUUCCAUGCACACUUUACUAUGAAAGAGCACAUCCAUUUUGUGCCCUCCUGUAUUUUCUAUAUUCUGAUACCUACUCACGGUGGCGUCCCUUGUCUGCCAGAGGAAUAUAUUAAAGACAUGCUAAGCAACAUUAUUCAUAUAUAUAUAUUUAAAAGUGGCACUGUCAGCAAAGUGAAGUAUACCAUCGUCUAUGUUAUGAAUAUAAGAUGUGCCUUAAUAUUCACAGCAGGGCUAUCGACCUAAUAAAACCUGAUUGGGGAGCUGAUCUAAACUCACAAUAGAUGCCCAUUGCAGAAGCAAAUGUGUUCUCUGAAAUUAAUCGCGUUAUUUAUGUGGCGCUUUAAAUCGCCCACAGCUCCCAAGCUGAGGGGUGCAUUUUAAAGGACCAUGCCCUACUUCUCCUUCAAAGCCAUUCUGAUAGUAUACACCCAAACAGCCUCUAUUGAAACUCCAGAGGCAUGUCACUGGGGGGGACGGGACAAUGCAGGAGUGUGUGCAGAGCAGCAGGGCUGCACAUGUAGAACUCUUUUAAAAGACUGAGAUGUGAACAAGCAAUGGGUCCAAGUAGGAGAAUGAAACAAGUUUUCGUUUCCCCUCUUGAACAGGUGCCUGGAGGAACUGUAAGAAGGGACAAUCUCAGUUUCUCCAAUCUUAAAUUCAGUUUUCUACAUGUCUGCAGCAAUCUGCAGCUAUUAUUAUUAUUAUUAUUAUUAUUAUUAUUAUUAAAAGUUCCUCGUGGAAAUUCACCAGCAUUUUAGUGUGAAUUUUUCCUAGUAAGCACUUUUUUUAAUCUGCAGUUUUGACAAACACACACACAUUUUUGCAACAAAUUUCCCCUUCUGUGAUGCAUUUAUUGUAUGUUAUUUUCACUAACAUAUCAAUUUCCCCCCAAUAGAUGCAUUUUUUAAUUGGCUGGAGAACUGCAUCACAAAAUUCAGAGAAGUGUGAAUUCUGAAAGAUGACUGUGUUUCGGUCCUUGUGCUGUUUCGGAAAGCGUGACUUUGAUAGAUUUCUGCUUAAAUGUCAACUGAAUCAGAGUUCUCCCCCAUCCCUAGUUGCAAGGACUAAAUGCACACAGACCUGGAUGCAAGAUCAGCUAAUAAUAAUAAUAAUAAUAAUAAUAAUAAUAAUAAUAAUAAUUUAUUUAUACCCCACCCAUCUGGCUGGGUUUCCCCAGUCACUCUGGGGAACUGUGCACGUAGCACAUGAUUGUAACCUGCAAUUCCCCACCCAGCUAGAAUAUACACUGCAGAAGGGUGCAUCAUGUGCAUGUAGGAAGAGACCUAUGAUACAUAUCCAUACAUUCACCUUCUGAAGAGCACAGGGAGCCCUGUUGUGCACAAAUGUUCCACCUGCCUAGGGCUUCCUCAUUUACUUGAGAUGAGAGCCCACCACCACAUGCAUGAACUCAGGUGAAUUGCUCACUCCACCACCACUUCACUGUGACCAAAAGCCAGGACAAAUUUGGAGGGAGGUCUUUGUCUCAUUGGAUGAGCAUGUAUUCUGUUAAACGCAAAAGGUCUCAUCUCAUGUUCAACCUCCAGAAUCUCCAGGUUCGGCCAGGAAAGACACCCUGUCUACAGGGAGAGGCACUGCCAUUUAUUGUAUGCAAUGCGGAAUUAGGUUCACCAAUGGGCUGCCUCAGUAUAAGACAACUUCCUACAUUCAGCCUGGCUUAAGCAAAAUCUGUGCCAGAUUGUGGCAUGGGCUAUCAAUUUGCUUCUGUGGUGUUCAUUUUUAAAGCCAAUAUAUAUCCUCUCUCCUCCCCCCCUCCCCCCAAAAAAGAAAACCCCUCCUAUUUUGGAAUAAAUAAUAAUAUUGUAUAUUAAGUACAACUGGUUACAUACCCAGAGACUGUAAUCUGACAUUUGCUACAGUGGUUAUGCAUCUCUGCAAUCUUUAAUGAAGCAUAACUGUGUCUGAUUCCUGUAUUCUCAUUUCAUCUCUUUUGCCCUUUCCUCAUCUGCACAAUAUUUUUAGCUUGUAGUAGGCCAUAGGAAAUGUAUUGUCUUAUUCCACAGUCAUUGUACAGGGCUUAUUGAAAGCCAGUCACCUUUCUAGCUAGUUAGCUAGCUAUCAUCUAACUAAUUAACUAUCAUCUAUCUUUCAAUCUAGAAGAUGGUUUGCAAAUUGGCAAGUCACACUAAAUUUCACUGUGACUUUUUAAUUCCUGACUUAGGCACCUUCCCUCUGAAUCGUUACUGUAUUUCCAGUGUGGUCCUCUCUGCUGAACAAGGUUUUCUUGUUGUAUAAGAAUAAUUUAUUAUCAUAAUUACUCAUUUCUGGAUCUAAGAGGCAUGUGAUUUUAAAGGCCAGAGUGGAAGACUGAUAUCCUUGUUUCUGUUUUUACUGAGUUCUCUUUUGAUUUCAUCAUGAAAAUUGGUGGUAACUGCCUUAAUAUUAAUGCACUGAAUAUUUUUUGUGUGUUUGGUUCUAUUAGAUUAAACAGUAUAACACUCUGAAUGAAAUAUCUUAAUAAUGUGCCCGCUUCCCUAGCAGUGGAUUGUUAACAAAACCAUGUUGCGCUCAGUUCUGUUUUGGUGCAUAACAUGAAGAAUACAGGAAGUCAACUAAGUUGGGUCUGAAGCACAUGAAGAAUCUAUUCUGCUCUGACUAACAUUGGAGAUAACUUGGGCCCAAAUAUUCCUGUGACAAUCUUGACCUAUGGCCAAUAAAUACAUGGGGUGUGAGCAUCUGAGCCAGUUUUAUAGCACAUCUUUUGGAAGGACUCUUGUUGAAACAUAUCAAGACAUGGUGGAGCAAGCAAACAAUUAAAAACUGUUAUGUACUGAAGUUCUCACCCUGGGCCAGCAGGAGGAUACUGUAGUUAGCUAGUUUUCACUCAGGUCCACAUAUGCAAAUAGGGGAUUGAAAAUGACGUUCAGUGAUUGGAUAGUUACAGAAAAUGGUCACAGUUGCGUUGUACUGGAGCUCUGUAUAAGCAGGCUGGCUGAACCCUUCAGUUCAGUUCUGUUCUGGCCUGUGAAUAAACAAGAGCUGUUGAAGAAUCGCUGUGUCGUCUGAUAUGUUCACCCACAACUUAAAAACUGAAAAUCAACAUGGCUGCUUUCGGUCUCCCCCACCCCCAUAUACAGAAUGCUAUAUGUACUGCAUACCUAUUGCACUUUUCAAAAUGCCUUACAUUUAUUUGUCGUUUAUUUAUUUACUUAUGUCAUUCACUUCAUUUCUGAAUGCCUUCCCAUGAAACAUCCUGAAGCAACUGAGCAAUAAAAAUGUGUGUAAAAAGAACUGUAAAUGACAAUUACGCAGGGCUACAUAUUGUGUCUUGCACCAAGAUAUACUGCUGUCUCUGCAUCCUCUGAGAGAAUAAUAGUGGACGCCAUUAUUCCUCACUACCCUGAGGAACUCUCUCUCUCACACUGUACAGAGAGAAGGCAGAGAAAGAGCUUUAUGAAGAAAGAAAAUAAUAAAACGUAAAUGCUCCCUGACCCCACUAGGGGUUCUUCUCAGUUGCUUAUUUUUCCAAUCCUAAAUUCAGUUCCUCACAUUUUGCAGCAUUUUUUGGGGGUAAUCCUCAUGAAAAUUAACCAGCGUUGUAGCGCAUAUCUGUCCGAGUGAGAACAUUUUAAUAUUAAGUUUCACUAAUGUACACAUUUUGGAAAGAAGUGUCUUAAAGGCAAUGCAUUUUUAUGUUAUUUUCUCUAACAUCUUAAGUUCCAUGCACACUGUCUGCUAAUUUAUGCAAACAUUGGUUGGAGAGCUGAAUUUGCAAAAUUGAGAUAAAUGUGGAUUUUUAAGGACAGCUCUGCUUUCGUUCGCACAUUGUUUCAGAAAGAUAGAUUCGGUUUUAAAUGCAAACCAAACCGAAUUUCUCCUGCAUCCUGAGCCCCUUCAAAUGCUUUGGUAUAGAUCCCCUCACCCCAAAACAGCUGAAAUUCUCUACAGCUGAACAGGGUGGCCAUUCAGUCUCAACCCCAGCUUAAUAAACAAAAUAAAACCAAUAACUUUACAAAGGAUAUUAAAUCACUCAGAUACUAUGACCCAAAAGGCCAGGCUUCUAUUUGUCACUCUGGACAUAAAAUUAUUAGAGUCAGUCAAGAUUCUCCGCCAGAUUGCUAAGGGCAGAAUCAGUCCUGGACUUCCUUUCUCUCUCCUUAUAACAGUUUGUUAAUAAGAUGCCAUUGCUAUCGCCCAUUAUGAAAAGGGCAAUGUAGAUGGGCCAUCUCGUUUUUGAUUAAAGAGUGGAAUGGAAAUUUUGUCCACUCCUCAUCAUAAUUAAAGGUUGUUUCUCCAUUUUCUGUAAUUAAACCCAGUUAUGAAUAGAAGUAGCUUUUUCUCUUUUUUACAAAGAUAUUCUUAAUCAAAGGUUUGCGGGUGUUUUUUUUUUUAAAGUUCUUUCUAAAGCAUCCUGUAGACUGUUGCCCUAUGAAGAAGUGGAGGGAUUUGAUCCAAGUGCUCUCUUGCUUUGAUUGCUAAGCUUGAAGGUUAAAGAUCGACAUUUGCAAUUUUCAUAGCUGCAACUCUUAAGCAAGGUUUUCAAAUAGCACCAGGAAGAACCUUUAAACUACAGAAUGCUACAGAGCAGAGGGAGGAGACACAAUUUGGUGAUCAAUGUCCAAUUCAUGCAUAUAUUAGACUUGCGUGAACAAAGGCAGCGAAGUCCUCUUGGGUGUGUGUGUUUUAAAUGUUAUUAAACAAGAAUGACAGCCCUGUUAUCUAUUUGUUAUCUCUGUGUGUGUGUGUGUGGUCUAAAUCACUGAGCCUGGUCAGCGGUUCAAAUCCUCAUGAUGGAAUGAGCUCCUAUUGCUCAGUCCCAGCUCCUGCCAACCUAGCAGUUCGAAAACACCCCCAAAAGUGCAAGUAGAUAAAUAGGUACCACUCUGGUGGGAAUGUAAAUGGCAUUUCUGUGCACUCUGGUUUCCAUCAUGGUGUCCCGUUGUGCCAGAAGUGGUUUAGUCAUGCUGGCCACAUGACCCGGAAAGCUGUCUGUGGACAGACACCGGCUCCCUCUGCCGGAAAGCGAGAUGAGCACUGCAACCCCAUAGUCGCCUUUGACUUGACUUAACUGUCCAGGGGUCCGUUACCUUUUGUUUUUACAUAUGUAUGUAGUCAGUUCUCAACAUUCCAUAAUAGUUAGUCUGUCAGAGAACCCAGUAUUGUCCCGACAUUACUCGGAAAGUGCUGUCAUUUGCUCCUACGUGAAAAAGCGUUGUGUUUGAGGAUACUGUCAUUGUUCAUUGAUGUACAUUGAUGAUUAUGUUUUUAUAUGUGUUGGCAGCCACCCGCAGUCGCUGGGGCAACCCAGCCAAAUAUGUGGGGUAUUAUUAUUAUUAUUAUUAUUAUUAUUGUUAUUAUUAUUAUUAUCAAUGUUCCUUAAUGCUAAAAGAGGCUACACAGCAGUUUAAAAAGUACAGAGACCAGUUACGCCAACCUUAAAUCAUAAGCAUUCACAAUUAAAAUGGAAAAUAAAAUAAUCCCAUUAAAAUAUUUAAAUGUAAGUAUCCGCAUUCAAACAACCUUAUUAAAACAACACAGUAAUUAAGACAGGGGGCCAGUACACUUGACGCCUCUUGUGUAUUCAAUCACUGUGAAAAAAGCUCACCUCUGCAUUGCUACAAGCGGAUGCCACAGGCAUAGCAAGACCAACUAGGUUUCAUUUGCUGAUCUUAAUACCUUUACCGGCAUGGGAAAGGAGAAAGCUUGUACAAUAUAUUUUACAGUGGUUAACCAAUAGGCCUCGACGAAAAGAGCAUGCACAGUGCACAAAUGGAGCUAUAACCAUGUACAAAUGGCUUGUCAAAAUUCUCCACCCUGCCUAUGGGCAGACAUGUUGAAUCUGAAAUUUUCUCAGAAAAAAAUAUAUAUCUUAGUUUGUGAAUAAGGAAAGAACGAUCAGAAAGUGCAUAGUGCUACGCAGCUCGAAUCACUGCAAUAUUAGAGAAAUAAGUAAGAUUUAAAAAUGUUUAUUUAUUCUUUCUAUCCCACCCUGUUUCCUGUGUAUAUAUAAAUACGGAUGUUAACUUGAGGUUGGGCAACAGUUAGGUGGGUAGAUUACCUAUUGCUGGAGUCCCCCCCCCCCCAAUGAUGGGCUUCCCGAUAUUGUUGGACUGCAACCCGUAGCAACCCCAGCCAGCUUGGACGAUGCUCAGAGGUUGUAAUCCACAAUAUCUGGAAGCUAUCAUGUUGAUUACUCCUGGACUAGGAAGAUAUUCCUGCCCGGCUCUUGAUGCGUAACAUACAUGCUCCCUGUGGGCCUAAGGAGUUUGGAUAUGGGGGUCUCAAAACACACCGCGAAACAGAUUGCGGGAGAUGCUUAUGUUCCUUUUUUGCAUUGAAAGCAGCCUAUCUUCUUCAAAAGUGCCUGCAUAAUGCAUACCAUCGUUUAUCAUGCAUAACAUUAUUAUAAUAAACACUGAAGGAUUUGUAGUGUAGAAUGAUGAGUCACUUGUAAAUGGUUGCCAAGUGGAUAAAGAACACAAUGUAUUUACAUAGCGCUUAACUCCUGUUACAUUCGAAAGCUGUCGUCAGAUAAUAACGGCGCAACAAGCGUAAGCCGAAAUUUAGCAUGCUCUAAAUCCUUUCUCCUUUCUCUCUCCCCUCUUUUUGCAACUUGCAGGUUUCUUGAGCACAGGGGAUCAAGCAGCUAAAGGAAACUAUGGCCUCCUUGACCUCAUUCAGGCCUUGAGGUGGACUAGCGAAAACAUUGGGUUCUUUGGGGGCGACCCACUGAGAAUCACUGUUUUUGGAUCUGGCGCCGGCGGCUCAUGUGUCAACCUCUUGACUUUAUCCCAUUAUUCUGAAGGUAACCGUUGGAGCAAUUCAACCAAAGGUAUUAUUGCAGGUUGCAAAUUUUGACGAUUUUGGUGUCUUGCAUGCCACCACUAUGACUUCUAUGUGACGCUCUUGUAUAUAUAUAUGUGCAUAUAUAUAAAUAUAUAAAUAUAUAUACACACACAUACACACAUAUAUAUGUAGCUAGAUGUAUCAAAAGCAACUUAAUCAUUAGAUGGUAUUAAUCUUUCUGUGCUUUGCAGGGAGGGGUGGGGUUCAUACCCAACCCAAAGGGGUGUGAACAUAUGUAAAAAUCUCCCUCUAACUGACACAACUUCAUACUCCUUGCAUUCUCCUAAUGUAGAGAGGAUGGCUUUCGUUUGGCGCUUUAACUCUUCCACACGUUUAUUGGGAAAUUGAGGGCUUAAUUAAAAUGACUCGAGUAACGUGAACAGGAGAAAAUGAGCCACAGCAUGUUGAACGUGUUGGGAGGAAGGGAGUCAAAAUGGCUCUGGUGUCAUUGCGAACACUUAAUAAAUAGCACCAUCAUCACUGUUGAUGUCACAGUGAAGAUAAGGAGGCGUUUAACAGUUGGUAUUCCUCUUUUCAAUCAUACCAUCAGAAGAUUUUGUCCUGAAGGGAAAAUGAAAUAAGAGACGUAUAGGGCAGAGAUGGGGCCUGUCUGGUCCUCUUCUCCAUCACAUACCUUAUUCCUAAGACAUGCUUUUCACCAGCUUGAGUUUAUACCCUCCUUGAGUGUUUUGCUUUGGUGGGAUGUCUCCUUGAACUCUGAUAUUGCCUCUUGCUUCCUGGAUGGAAGACACAGAGGAGUGUGUGUGUGUGUGUGUGUGUGUGUGUGUGUGUGUAGGAAGCAGCCUACACAGGGCAUUGGAAUAGAUGAACUUUGGGGUCAUCUCUACUGCCCAGAGAUACAAUGUGCAUGUGUCUCUUCCCCCACAUUUGCCCCCAUUCCUGCCUGCUGCUGACAGGUAGACCCUGGAAGUGGAAGGUUGCCCAGAUGGGAAUGUGCUUCUUGGUCUGCAGAAUAUCCCCCUUGGAUAUAAGUUCCUAAAGGGGGGGGCGCACUGGGGGUCAUUGCAGUUGCCCGAUACCCCUAUAAGUAAUAAUCAGAUUUCAGGGUCCUUGUUUGUUUUCAUUUUCAAAUACAUUUUCAUCUAAUAUUUCAAUUGAGGUUGGGUCUGUUUGAUCCAAUAUUUAUGAAUUCAUUCAUUCAUUCAUUCCAAGACAAAAGCAUCCACAAAUCAGCUUGCACUAUAGCUAAUGUGAAUGGGACCUGAAAUUGCUUUUUUAAAAAGAUUAAACAAAUUCGUGGAAAAUGAGGCUAAUAGUCACAAUGGCUAAAUGCUUGGUCUGAGAACAGACACCAGUGCCAGAUUUAGGGAGGUGCAGGCUGUUUUCUACACUGGGUGCUGAGCCAGGGGCGGGGUGUAAAAUUGAGAAGAUCCAUAACCAAGAAGAUCCAUUUUGGGGUGCCAGUUUUUGGGUUUGUGCAGGGCGCCAUAUUACAAAAGAUCUCCAGAGAUUUCCACAGUCUGCCUCUGAAUACUAGUUGGUGGAGAACAACUGGAGGAGAGGGCUGUUACCCUCAUGUUCAACUUCCGAGCUUCCCAAAAUGUAUCUGGUUGGUUGCUGUGGAAAACGUAACACAAGACUAGCAAUACCUUUUAAUUGAUCCAAUAUCCUUACAUUGGGAAGGAGCAGCUACCUACCUCCGCUUGUGAGGCUUGCAGAAAACACUUCUCUUUGGGUAUUCACUCAACAGAACCUAUAUGCCGUGCUUUUUUAAAAAAGGGUACUCAUAGGUACGCAGUACCGGUACCCCUUUUGUUGUUGUUAAAACAUGUGGCACUUACUGUAACAACUUCAUGGUGGGUACUGCCACCUAUUUUUCUAGGGGGGAAGCACUGCUUAUAUGUACAGUGGUACCUCUGGUUGCGAACAGGAUCCAUUCCGGAGCCCCGUUCACAACCUGAACAGAACGCAACCCGUAUCUGCGCGUUUUCGCAUGCGCGGGUUGCGAUUCGCCGCUUCUGUGCAUGUGCGUGACAUAAUUCUGCACGUCUGCACAUGCACGAGCAGCGAAACCCAGAAGGAACCCUUUCCAGUACUUCCGGGUCGCUGCGGCAACCUGAAAAGACGUAACCCGCAACAUUCGCAACAUGAGGUAUGACUGUAUAUAUUCUUUGGAAAGAGAGUCAGUGACAUUCACAGUAUAGAUGAAGCCAACAGUAUUUCACCAGUUGUCAAGGGCCUGUUUAGCUUUUUUUUUUAAUGUGUAGAAAUGUCUGGAGGAAAGUUCACUGACACAGCUCUCUGUUUCAAAGCUAAUGGCAGAGCGGCUGCAAACUGUUAUCUACUGUGAAGAAAAUGAGCACUUAGUCCAGAAGUCUUUUGUCUGAAUCGGUUAUGAAUUACACUUGGUGCCACCCAAGGAAAGAGCAGGCUUUUAAAAAACCAUCUUUUUGCAUGUGCAAUCUAAAAUUGCCCAAGUAUCAAGGUCACUCCCGCAUGCCUUUUCCUGAUCUGUGCUCUUUUCAGCACAGCCAGACAGCAAGGGAAAAAGGCUUUCUCCCCUUCAAGUUUGACACCCCAUAGCAGGGGUCACCAGCCCAGUGCUCAUGAGAACUCGUGCGCCCAUCACUACAUCCUAUGGAGGCGGUGAAAAGUCACAGCAAAUGUCUCCUCAAAAAUCUACAGUGCGUGAGAUGGUGAAGCUGAAGCUGCCUGCAUCAUUUUGUGUUACUAUCUCUUUUUCUGCUCUUUUAGAUGUGGCAGCCAGGGGCAGACUUUGGUAUUAUGGCGCCCUGAGCUGGGCCAAACUUUGGCGCCCCCACCCCAGCCCUCACAGCAUGCUGGGCUUUGGGAAGGAGGUGCCGGGGCUCUGGCAGAGUCCUAAAGUCCUCCCACCUCCUUCCCAAAGCUGGGAAAGCAAUAACUAAGCUUUGGGAAGUAGGUGGGAGAGCCAGUGUGGUGUAGUGGUUAAGAGUGGUGGACUCGUAAUCUGAUGAACCGGGUUCGCGUCUCCGCUCCUCCACAUGCAGCUGCUGGGUGACCUUGGGCUAGUUACACUUCUCUGAAGUCUCUCAGCCCCACUCACCUCACAGAGUGUUUGUUGUAGGGGAGGAAGGGAAAGGAGAAUGUUAGCCGCUUUGAGACUCCUUUGGGUAGUGAUAAAGCAAGAUAUCAAAUCCAAACUCUUCUUCUUUUUCUCUUGGACCCUGUCAGAACCCUCAUGCCUUCUCCCCAUAGCCAGGCAAGUGCUUCUCAUGCACCCUCUCUGCUUGGAACCCAGUGCAGAGGAACUGGCCAUACUGCCCUAAAACCACCUCUGUGGCAGCCAUUUUAUGCUAAGCCACAUGCGCCCCAGUUCCCAGUCAGUGUUACGGCAUUGCUGAAGCUCUCCUCUGAGGUCCAGCCUCCGUGAGCUGGAGAAAUGGACCACUGGCUACCAUCUCUUCCUCACACUGCAUUCUGAGAGGCACUUUGUAAGUGGGGGAUGUGAUUGUCACAAGGAAAGCAGUCAUUGGUGGGGGAGCCAUUUUUGCGACCCCUUUCAUUUUGCCUCUGAACAGGGUGGGAGAGAUGGUGUGAGCUGCACUGGAGCUGUCUUCUAUUUCCAUAUGCCCAACAAUGUUCAGGGCCCCCAACUUGUUCUUAUUUCAUCCCAACCCUGCCCCCAGCAAAAACGUUUGAAAGUUCAGCCCAGUUCUAAUGAGCUCACUCCGUGGGACAACAUUGCCCACCCAGAGAUGUGAAGUGAUGCAGAUGUCCUACCCACUUUUGGUGUGGUGUCUCAUUCACUUAGACAGUUGACCAUUUGGUCCUGCAGUUAUCCAGUAUUGAUGAAGAAACAUGCAUAGGCCAACCCCAUACUCCAAACAAUUGUUUAGCAGCAUCAGCAGCACAAUGGUUGAAAAUCUUUGAAGAAGAAUCCAUAUCAUCUUUUUCUCAGAGAGAGGUGGAUUUUCUCAAGGAAUGUUCUUAGAAGAAGUCCUCUAGAGAAGGUUGGGUUCAGCUUUAAUCUGAACCAUGACAUUUUUGUCGAAAUUAACUCGACAACAUAAGAAGGGUCUACUGGAUCAGGCCAGUGACUCAUCUAGUCCAGCAUCCUGUUUUCACAGUGGCCAUUCCAUAAAUUAGAGUAGAAAUAUCCAUCUGUCCUCCAGUGACUGUGAUAAAUAUGACUCUCACUCAAAGUGAGACUAGAUUUAUUUUAGCUGUAUAGAACCACAGACCAAGAUAGCGUUUUAAAAAUGGUGGGUAAUAGUGAGGUAUGUACACAAUAGAAAAUAUCAAUGAACAAACUGUAGCCAUGAAUAACAUACAUUCACCUGGAGUUUGGACAUGACCCAGCCAAAGUUAAGCACUUUUAAAUCAGCAUACGCCCUAGGGAAUAAGUGCUGUUCCAUCUUAAUAAAAUUUACUGUUAAGUAAACAUACAUUAGAUGAGGUUACACAGUCUGUUGAUUUUGGUUCUAUCCCACUGAAUGUAAGGUAACUUCAACAUGACCAGAUGGAUGGAUAGUACCCUUUACUUUUGAUAGUACCUGCUCUCUGUGCUAAGGCUACAAUCCUCAAACCAUUUACUCUGGAGCAGUGCCACUGAUUUCCAUGGAGUUGCUUCAGAGAGAGAGGCUUUAAGGGUUAAAGUGGAAUAUCCCUUUCAUCCAUUUUUUUCAUUAUCACAGUUCAAUAAAAAAAAAAAGAUUUUUGUCCUUAAAGUAGCUGAAUUGAGCUUUAUGGUUUGAGGACUUCGACCACUUUUAACUUAAUCCAACCUUUAAUGGAGCAUUUAACAAGCUCUGCUGUUUAUAUCAGCAGUUUCUGAGCAGGUGACUUUCCUUACCAUCUAAUCCAUAACCCAGUAAGGCAGAAGUUGCAGGGAUUUAAGCCGAUUUAGUGCUUUUGCCAUCAGUGGAAAUAAACACGGCACAGUGGCAUUCAUUUGCUAUUUUCUCCCAUUGAGGAGAGAAGGGAGUCAUGUGUCAGUUUGCGGGUUAUACUGGGCUGAGGAUUAUCCGUGGAACAGGAAAUUACUCUGUACUAUCUAUGUGAAUGAAGCUGUCCUUUUCACUUAAGUGAAUGGCAAAGCCUUUUGGGUGUGGCUGAAUCUAUUUCUGGUCUGUGUUACCGACACCUUUUUUUUUACCCAUUCUGUUUCACAUUUAUUUACUUUCUCUCCCCCCCCUUCAAAAUCCUUUCAAAAUACAUUGCAUUCUGUCCAUCAAAAAACAGGUGUAAAACCAUAUUUUUGAUAUCUUUAAACCUAUUUGGGUACCUUUAAACUGCUGAGGAAAUUCAUGGCAACAUUCAGAGGAGCAUGAAAUUUAUUGGAUAGUGAGAUUCCAAUCUGUCUGUUGGUCCAAAAGGUGCAGAAGGAAUCAGAAAGUAUCAGAUUCCUUAAGCAUUCCCGAAACAACAGUAAAGGGAGCAGCGUGGGGCAGAUCCCACAAACCCAUUCACUGAUGGAGCAGAAUUCUUAAUCCAAUUUGAGUGUAUUCUGCCAUAAUUUAAAAGAAAAUUCCUCGAGUUCAAUGUAAAUGAAAUCCAAUGAAUCGUUCAGAAGCUGAACUUGGAUUCAGAAUUCUAUUGAUUUGUACAGUGCCGGCAAUAUUAACCACCGUAAUGCAAUGCAGAGUUUGAAACUGCCCACACUGAUUGAAGAUUACAGUCAGUAGUAAGCAUAUUGGCUCUGUAGAAAUAUGAGCUGCUUUCAAGCGGUCACUAUUUUGUGAGAGGGAUUCAACUGCAAACCAGAAAAUUAAAGGUUUGAACAAUUAAAGCGCUGUGUUUCAAAAAGCAACCACCACCCACUUUUACAAAAAUCAAACCUUCUGUGGUAAGGAAAGUGAUGGGGGAAAGCACUAGAAACUAUGGAGCAAUGAUCUAUUUAUGGAGAAACUUAGAAGUUCAGCACAACAAGGACUGAUCGCAUCACCUGGAAGCAAUCUUAAGUUGAUACCUGUGACAUUUUCAUGGGUCCUGUUGAAGUGCCACCUUCUUGGGGUGCUGCAAAUAAAUAACAAACUAAAAUGUGUAAUUCAGUGUUUGACUUUUGCACGCUGUGCCCUUUUCCUACCUACCUCCUCCUCAUGUGGAGAUAGUAAUGAAGUAUGUGGGCCUUAUUCCAUUUGUUUGAAUCUAGGAAUUCUCGAACCGAUUGAUCUGUUCCUUGGAAGAAGGAGGCCUAUCAUGUGCCUAUGUUCAAAUAAACGUGGCCUCCUCCAUUGAUUAUUUUCUUCCCAGAUGGAAGGAGAGAGGUUUCUGUGUGAUGCCACAAUGAGGAUGCUGCCAGUUCACUUCCACAACUCAGUUCUUGUGAAAUGUGAAAAAAGUGGUUUAUAGGGCAUAAAGAAUUAAAUAACUGCAGCAGAGUCUUUUUUUCCUGAAACUCAGAGAUGAGGGACCUGUGGCCCUCCAUACAUUCCCAUAAUCUCUUAUUGUUAAGGUAGUCAUGCUGAUUAGAGCAUCUCAAGUUCAUCCAGACAGCCACAGGUUCCCCAUCUCUGCUAUAACAAUUUAGUACAACAAUUUUAUUCAAAAUAAGCCACAUUCUUCAUGGACGAAUUGUGACACUGAAGGCAGCAAUAAAUACAUGGGCAUUAAUGCUUUGCAUCCGACAUUCAACUCAUGUUUUAUUCAGUGGUCCAGGUGCAGGAAUGAUCCACCAAAUAACUAUACUCUUUUCUUAGUAAUAUUAAUAUUGAUUUAUCUACCACUUAUACGUAUGUCCAAAUGGCUUCUAAGUGGUUUAAAACUAUAAAAUCAAUGCAUAAUUAAAAUACACAAAGCAAUUGCAUCAAAGCAGUAAGAGCAUCCAUAACUAAUAUAUACAGUAAAACAAGUCAACUUUAGACAAUAAAACACAAUGAAAACAAUAAAACCAGAAGUUCAGUUCAGGGGAAUGCUUGCCUAAACAGUCUUCCAGAGCCAGAGGAAUGCCAACACUUUUGGGACCUAUCAUAGUUCAGCAGGGAGGUCAUUCCACAACACUGGGGUCACCAAUGGAAAACCCCAUCUGUGUGUAUCUCAGGAUUGGCAUUUUAUCAUUUGUAUACAGAGCAGCGUGGACAGAAGGCAGAUCUGAAUCUUCAGGCCAUCUUGACUUCUGAUUGCUUAACAAUAGCAGCAAUGAAACAACCCUCCUUCUACCCUAAAUUUUACUGUUGAAAUUCAGAAAACUUGGGAGAACACAGGGUAGAUUUUGUGUGUGGAAGGCCUGUGAGCUCCAUUAUGUUCUAUUACUAGUGCCUGAGCUCACAAUUAUUUAAUUCUAAGUGUAUUGUUUAUUUGCACCUGGCUCCAAUUGGGGGAUUUUGUGGUUAUCGUAAAAUGUAAAGUAGGCACUGCAAGUUUUAAGUCUGCUUGUCUCACUUGUGUUCUCUCAUUAGUCUACAACAAUAAUAUAUAGUUUUUGUUUGGACACAACUGUAUUACAUUGUUUAACUGCACAUAUACCAACCAAUGAGUUCCUCCUCCACUUCCUUAUCAUUCUCAUUCUCAUCCUCAUUUAUUAUUAUUAUUAUUAUUAUUAUUAUUAUUAUUAUUAUUAUUAUUAUUUCCUAAUGAUUAUAUUGCAAAAAUGAGGUGUUUUCCUAACUUAACUCAAAUAUUUUAAGCAUGUAACCACUUAGCUAUUGCAUUCGGGUCUGUUUUCUUAUCCUGUCUUCUACCUUCCCAUACAGGACUUUUUCAAAGGGCAAUAGCUCAAAGUGGAACAGCUCUUUCCAGCUGGGCAGUCAGUUUUCAACCUGCAAAAUAUGCCAGGAUGCUGGCUACAAAGGUUGGCUGCAAUGUGUCCGACACUGUAGAAUUAGUAGAAUGUCUACAGAAGAAGCCUUAUAGAGAACUCGUCGAUCAGGAUAUCCAACCAGCCCGAUACCACAUAGCCUUUGGUCCAGUCAUUGAUGGGGAUGUGAUACCAGAUGACCCUCAGAUAUUGAUGGAGCAAGGAGAGUUCCUCAACUACGACAUAAUGUUGGGUGUCAACCAAGGAGAAGGGUUGAAAUUUGUCGAAAACAUUGUCGACAGCGAAGAUGGCAUAUCUGCAAGUGACUUUGACUUUGCUGUUUCAAACUUUGUCGAUAACUUAUACGGAUACCCUGAAGGCAAAGAUAUACUGAGAGAAACAAUUAAAUUUAUGUACACUGACUGGGCGGAUAGACAUAAUCCUGAGACAAGAAGGAAAACAUUGCUGGCUUUGUUUACCGAUCAUCAGUGGGUUGCACCAGCGGUUGCUACAGCUGAUCUUCAUUCAAAUUUUGGAUCACCCACAUAUUUUUAUGCCUUCUACCAUCAUUGCCAAACAGACCAGGUACCUGCAUGGGCAGAUGCUGCUCAUGGGGAUGAGGUUCCUUAUGUAUUAGGAAUCCCAAUGAUUGGUCCUACUGAAUUGUUUCCUUGUAAUUUUUCCAAAAACGAUGUCAUGCUGAGCGCAGUGGUGAUGACAUACUGGACAAACUUUGCAAAAACUGGGUAAGUAAUUGAUGAGCUUAUAAGGCAGAUCAAGAUUUUGGUCAAAUCAAGGCCUAUCCUUUCUCAUGACACCCAGAUAACAAAGAAGGGUUUCCACAUUGGUAAUUGUAUUUUCAUGUGUUUUCAGCUCAUAAGCUUACAACUGAGAGCAACAUAUUUAAAAUGAUCCAGAAGGGGCAUAAUCAAAGCAUUUCAUCUGAAAUUUCCCUUAAAAGGAUUUACCAUUUUAUCUCUUAACACUCACAGAAGAUUACAUUUCUCUACUAGUCUAGUGUAUGUCUCUGGAAUUGUGGGGAAUGAUAUUUUCCCAUGUUCCCAUUGUUGUUGUUGUUUAGUCAUUUAGUUGUGUCCGACUCUUCGUGACCCCAUGGACCAGAGCACGCCAGGCACUCCUGUCUUCCACUGCCUCCCGCAAUUUGGUCAAACUCAUGCUGGUAGCUUUGAGAACACUGUCCAACCAUCUCGUCCUCUGUCAUCCCCUUCUCCUUGUGCCCUCAAUCUUUCCCAACAUCAGGGUCUUUUCCAGGGAGUCGUCUCAUGAGGUGGCUAAAGUACUGGAGCCUCAGCUUCAGGAUCUUCCAGUGAGCAUGUUCCCAUUACGGCUGGGGAUAUAAGCUGAGUUCCAAUAUAAUUAUCAGGCGUUGUCAACCACUUUAUUGAUGCUACCUUGUUAGGCUUUUGAUUUGAGAUAGUCUGAUGACUAAAUCUAUAUAAAUGAAUCUGAUCAGAUCUGCAUUGCAGGGGGUUGGAAUAGAUGACCUUCAGGGUCCCUUCCAACGCUACAAUUCUAAGAUUCUGUUCUCACUAUAUGGAAGGAUUAAACUGACAUCCCAACCAGCUGUAAAUGAUGCCUAACACUUAAACUCAAAAGACAACCAGGAGGAGAAUGGGCUUCAUUGGAUGCCAGGGUGAUAUUACCCUAUAUGUGCAGCUGCAACCAUGAGAGAAUGAAUCACGCCCUUGUUCAGUUUUAACAUUUUGAAUAUUUUAACUAUUUUAGAAGUAAGGUGCAUGGAAACAAUAAUGUGCAUAAUUAUUAUAUUGGGGGGAAAAACCAGGAAGCUGCCUUAUACAGAUUAACGCCGUUGGUCCCCACUUCACAUUUCACCUCUGCUGCUAUGAGCUCACUGGCAAAACGUCUCUCUCCUUGAGCCUCCCCCACCAUGAGUAAUAUGAGGACAAUGCUGCCCUAUUUUAUAGCAUUGUUGUAAUAAUUGCAAAGGGAUGAUGAAUGUAAAGUGUCUUGAAAUUUCAAAAAUUGCCACAUGUUAAUCAUUUCUUCUAGUUCCAGUGUUCUGGUGGUGAGUGUUCUUGCUUAUGUAGCUAAAAUGGCAACACCCAAGCAUGAGAGAGGAAUCAUAGAAUCAUAGAGUUGGAAGAGACCACAAGUGCCAUCGAGUCCAACCCCCUGCCAAGCAGGAAACACCAUCAGAGCACUCCUGACAUAUGGUUGUCAAGCCUCUGCUUAAAGACCUCCAAAGAAGGAGACUCCACCACACUCCUUGGCAGCAAAUUCCACUGUCGAACAGCUCUUACUGUCAGGAAGUUCUUCCUAAUGUUUAGGUGGAAUCUGCUUUCUUGUAGUUUGGAUCCAUUGCUCCGUGUCCGCUUCUCUGGAGCAGCAGAAAACAACCUUUCUCCCUCCUCUAUGUGACAUCCUUUUAUAUAUUUGAACAUGGCUAUCAUAUCACCCCUUAACCUCCUCUUCUCCAGGCUAAACAUGCCCAGCUCCCUUAGGUGGAAAUAGGCUUGGGAAUAACCUGAAGGGUGAACAUUCAGUGGGUUUGGAGGGAGGAUUUCUCAGUGAGGAGGGAGGCUGCUCAGUGGUCAUGAAAUGCUAACUGAUUGUUGAGAGGAGGGGACAUAAAAGCAAGUGGGAAGGAAUAUGGAAUGAAGUACUGGAGUGGACUUGGCUGGCUGGCUGGAGUAGUGAGCAGGAGCACUCCAAACUGCAAGAUUUUGUUGCAGGUUCGACUUACUGUUAUUAUUCUUGUGGGCAGCAAAUGUAGCAGGAGUAUUUGGUUCAUUUAGCUCAGUCACUGUUACGACACGAAUCCGUCAUGCAUUUAGCAUCAAAGGCUGCAUGAAACUUUUAUCUUCAGAAGACACUGCACCACUGAAUACCACUUGCUGGAAGCCAAUAGUGGGGAAAGUAUAUUGACUUCAUGUCCUGCAAGUGGGCUUCAUGGUGACACCUGGUAGGCAACUGUCAAAAGAAUGAAGUUCAGCUCUUGAUCUGAGCUAUCUGGACUCCUCUUACAUUAUACAUGCAGGAGUGUCUCCACCCCUACCAUUCAGCCCAGACACUGAGUUCUAGCUCCAAGGGUCUUCUGGCUGUUCCCUUAUUGUGAGAAGUGAGGUUUACAGGGAACCAGGCAGAAGACCUUCUCAGGAGUGGCACUCACCUGUGGAACACCCUCGUAUCAGAUGUCAAAGAGAUAAGGAACUAUACAACCUUUAAAAGACAUCUGAAGGCAGUCCUGUAUAGGGAAGUUUUUCAUGAUUAAUGUUUUAUUAUGUUUUUGUAUAUGCUGGAAGCCGCCUAGAGUGGCUGGGGCAAACCAGUCAGCUGAGUGGGGUACAAAUAAAUAAAUAAAAAAUAUUAUAUUUUAUCUGACCAUGUAACAGAUGGUAUGGCAUUACUAAGAGCUGAGCCCUCUCCCCAAUGUUUUGCUGAUCAAAAGCCAACUUCAUAAUAUGUUUUUUGAUAAAUAAAUAAAUAAAUGCUGACACUACAGUGGUACCUCGGGUUACAGAUGCUUCAAGUUACAGACGCUUCAGGUUACGGACUCCGCUAACCCAGAAAUAGUACCUUGGGUUAAGAAAUUUGCUUCAGGAUGAGAACAGAGAUCGUGUGGCGGCAGCACAGCAGCAGCAGGUGGCCCCAUUAGCUAAAGUGGUACCUCAGGUUAAGAACAGUUUCAGGUUAAGAACAGACCUCCAGAACGAAUUAAGUUCUUAACCCAAGGUACCACUGUAUAUGAAAUAUUUGUGGGGCGGGGGGAGAGAACAUAAGGAGAGUCCUUCUAGAUCUGGUCAAAGGCCUGCCUAUGUCCACAUCAUGUUCUCACAGUCUCAGGCAGGAUGCACAUGUGAAGCCUGCAACCAGGACCUCACUGUAAUGAUGUUCUCCCCACUUGUGAUUGGUGUUUUCCCCCCCAAAGCUGGAGCCAUUUUCAGUAAUAUUGAACAUGUCCACUUUUUUCCUCCCUAGGGAUCCGAACCAGCCUGUCCCACAAGAUACUAAGUUCAUUCACACAAAACCCAAUCGCUUUGAGGAAGUAGCAUGGACCAGAUACUCUCAGAAAGACCAGCUUUACCUUCACAUUGGAUUAAAGCCGCGAGUGAAAGAACAUUACAGGGCCAACAAGGUGAACCUGUGGUUGGAACUGGUACCUCACCUGCACAAUCUUAAUGACAUUUCACAGUAUACCUCUACGACGACUAAAGUGCCAUCAACUGAUAUUACUUUCAGACCAACCCGGAAAAAUCUGGUACCCGUAACUUCAGCCUUUCCUACAGCCAAGCAAGAUGAUCCCAAACAACCGCCAAGCCUAAUUUCAGGAGAUCAAAGAGACUACUCCACGGAGUUGAGUGUAACUAUUGCUGUUGGAGCAUCUUUGCUGUUCCUGAACAUUUUAGCCUUUGCAGCUCUAUAUUACAAAAAGGACAAGAGGAGGCACGACGUCCAUCGGAGAUGCAGCCCACAGCGUACAACUACCAAUGAUCUUACACACGCACAAGAAGAGGAAAUAAUGUCCCUCCAGAUGAAGCACACUGACUUGGGUCAUGAAUGUGAAUCCAUCCAUCCACAUGAGGUGGUUCUCAGGACCGCCUGCCCCCCAGACUACACACUAGCUAUGAGGCGGUCACCUGAUGAUAUUCCUUUAAUGACCCCCAACACCAUUACAAUGAUACCCAACACUAUACCUGGGAUUCAACCCUUACACACAUUUAAUACAUUUACCGGUGGACAGAAUAACACACUGCCCCAUCCUCACCCACACCCACACCCGCACCCCCAUUCACAUUCAACAACUAGGGUAUAG